UCGAUGGCGUACCAGUAUGAAUUGUGAUUCGGUCAUGAUCACACUCUCAACGUAUUAUCAAUUAAAAUUCUAUCAUGCGUUAAUAAUUCGAAAAAAAAAUAACCAACCAAUUGAAUUAAAUCAUCAAAAUAAUAAUAGUAGACUGUUAUUCGAAGGAUAUAAUUAUUUAAAGGUAAUAAUUGCAUUGUUGCCACAUUGAAAUUAUGAAAUGAUAUUUCAAUUUACGAAAAAAUUCAUGUAUUCAAAUGUGUAUGAUUCAAUGUCACUGUGUUUAUUGUGAGUGUCGAGAAUAUAUACAAUAUAAUUAUCACACUGGUUGUCCUCGGUGAAUGUGUUUAAACAGAAAAAACGCAGAGAACCAUCGAACGACUUUUUUGGUUUUUUUAAAAAAGUUUAUUUGGUGUGGGAUAUUAUUUUAAACCGGUCAAACGACUGAUGAUUCUUACACUCUGUGUCUGUAUUUCGUGUGACGUUAUUAACCCACUCAUAAGUAUACAUUUCAACGACAAUUUUAUUCUUAAAAAAUCAUUUUAAUUUGUUUUUAAUUAUUUUCUAAUAACUGGAAAUUAUGCUUACAGUGAUAAUAAAUUAACACGUGUUUUUUAAAUUGAAUUUUAUUUGAAAAAAUUAAGUAUAAAGUCAAAACUUGAGUAUUAAAAUUUUUCAAAACAAUAUUAUAAUUAUUAAUGACAAUGAUUUUAUUUUGUCAAUGUAAUAAUGAAACUUUUGUCACAGUAUAAGUAAAGUGUAUAUAUAAGUAAAUUGUCUGUUCACGUAGAUACUGUUACAACUUUAUUUAAACACAGUGCAGUGAUCAGUAAACUUAAGCUUAGUGUAUGGCAUAAGUCGAAUCUUCAACUUAUACAUAAACUGAGGUCACGUCGUUUUCAAACUUUAUACUAUAUUAUGUAUUAAAUUGAAUUGUCGAAACUCAAGACCACACUUUAAAGUCCAAAUGGUAUAUGUAUUUUGUUAAAUACAACUACAGUGCAAUGUUGAAAAUACGUGAUGUCACACCACAAAAUGGAUAAUUAUUGUCAACAAGUACUUUAUCUGUUGACAAAAAAUCAUUACUAUUAUUAUUAUUAUACUUGUAAAUUACAUUACAAAUAUAUUUAAUGAAAAUUAUACAUAUAUUUAUAUUACAAAAUUUAAUUGUAAAAUAUAUUGCACUAUAAUUUAAUUGUUACUCAAUUUAAAAACAAACAAAAAAAGGUAAAUAAAUAAUUGUUUCAAAAAAAUACAUACAGUAUAUAUAAACAAAUAAAGUUAAAUUUAAAAGUGCGUGUGUCUGUGUGUGUGUGUGUGUGUGUAUAUGUAAGUGUAAUUGUUUUUAUAUUUUUUUUUGUUUGGUGUGUAUUAUAUAUUUUUUUUUUUUUUGUGAAUUACAUGCAUAUGUUCAUAUGUAAAUAAUCAAUUGAAAACGGAAAUACUUGACUUGUACACAUAUAGUUUACUUUGUAUGUACGUAUUUGAACGUAACUCAAUUGAAAUUUUCGUAUUGUUUUGUGUUGUCAUUGAUUAUUUUGAUGACAUUGACAAAUGUAUUUAACGAAAAUGUGAAUUAUUGACAGACAUAUGUUUUAAUAUUGAUGAAAUUUAAUUGAAACAAUUGGAUAAACCCUUUUUCAAAUAAAAAAACAUUUCAUAAAUAUUAUAAUAUAUAAUAUUUAUCCAAUUAAAUUAAAUCAUAAAGUUUUAUUUACUAAUAAAAUAAUUCAAUUAUUAUUAUUACUUUUUUUUUGUGAUUUAUUAUUGUGAUAUUAUAUAUAAAAUUUUAAUGAAUUUUAAUUGUUAAUUUAAUGAUUUUUAAUAAGAGUAUAAAGUUUUUACUAAUUAUAUGAUAAUAUAAUUUUAAACAAUGCAACCACAAAGUUUGAUAAUACAAAAGUUUAAGUUAAAACUUUGAUCAUAGUGAUGCGUAGUUUUAAAUACAACCCGUUGAAUAUUACCUCCAAACGAAGGUACAUCCCAUUUAUCAAAUCAGCAAUAAUCGAUUUUGAUUGUGGUGGCUAUUGUGGCUCUACUGGUGCUUGGCUUGAAAGUCGAGUAAAACUUUUGCCAACAUGAUUGUGAAUCGCCAAGAUUGGAUUAUUCAUGCUUAUCUUAUAUGGUUUCUGAUUAAGAUUGCAUCAACUGGUCGUGUAUUUGAUGUACCGGAUUCAGUGGUAACACAUGUACUUGCUGAUGCUGGUCAAAAUGUAACACUUGAAUGUCCAGGUGUAACAGAACGCUCAGUUGUAUCAAGAUUAGUAUGGCGUGCAAAUGAUAUUAGAAUUGUUGAAUAUGGUAGUCAAAGUACAACAUAUUUUGGUCAUCAUAAUAGAAUAUUUUUAGUUGAAAAAAAUUUUACAUUAUUCUUUUGUCCUGUUACAUCUGAGGAUAGUGGUGAAUAUCAGUGUAUUGUUAAUAAUCGUAAUAUUCCUGAAGCAAUUGUUAAUCUCACUGUUCAAGAUGUGCCAGAUCCACCGGGACGUCCAAUCGCUACUAAUUUUACAUCCAGGUCCGUGACGAUAUCGUGGGCACCAAGUGACAAUUCCCACAACAAUCCAAUUUCACACUACGUUAUCAAUGUCAGGGUUGGUGAAAAUGGACCAUGGAAUGAAAAUGAAGAAAUUAUAACAUCAAGUAAUGAUACAAAAUAUUAUAUGGAAAAUUUACUUCCAUUUAUGUCAUAUAGUUUUCGCGUAACUGCUGUGAAUUCACGAGGACGUAGUUCACCAAGUGUACCAUCUCACUAUAUAACAACACUUCGAGAAGUGCCAGUUGGAAAACCAACUAUUAUGAGUGCACAGAAUAUAUCAGCAACAGCAAUACUUUUGACAUGGAAACCACCACCACCAGAUACUAUGAAUGGUGAAUUUUUAGGAUAUCGUAUAUCUUACAGACCAUUUGAUAAAAAUAACGAAUACAUCAAAGAACUAUAUUUACGAAAUCGUAAAAUUGAGCGACACGCCAUACAAAAUUUAGAAACAUACACAAUGUAUAUAGUGUGGCUUCAAGUUUUUAAUCCAGAAGGUAGUGGACCAAACGUCUCGACAACUGUUAUGACUGAUGAAGGAGUUCCAAGUAAACCACUGAGAUUAAAAGCCUACAGUAUCAAUUCAUCAUCCAUGGAAUUAUCAUGGCGUGAGCCUGAAAAUAAAAAUGGAUUAAUACAUGGCUAUCGUAUUUACUAUAUGCAUUCCAAUUUUACUGAGGUAAAUUCAUUAAAAACAAAUAAUGAAUCUACUGAAACUACUGAAACUAUUGAAUUUCUAUUAAAUAAUUUAAAACCAUCAACAGAAUACAAAAUAUGGGUAAAAGCAUUUACAUGGAAAAAUGAGGGUGAACCAUCUGAUCAUAUAAUACAAAAGACUGAUGUUGCUGGUCCAAGUGCACCUGAAAUAUUAAAUUUAACUUGUCAAACACAUGAUUCAAUUUAUUUAUACUGGGGACGUCCUGAUACAUAUUCAACUUCAAUUGAUUAUUAUCAUAUUAUGUAUCGAAAUGAUGUUAUUAAUAAAUUUCAUGAAAUCGAAAUACCAACUGAUGAAAAAUAUUUAAACACUGGAACAACUAUUCCAAAUUUAACGAUGAACACAAUGUAUGAAGUUAUGGUUUGUGCAGGAACAAAUAGUACAAUAAAUCCACAUUUAAUAAUACGUGGUAAUUGUAGUCUACCAAAAACAAUAUUAGUUGCUAGAAAUUGUGAUAAAACAGAAUCAUUAAAAAUGCAUAAUCCUGAUGAUUUGAGUGCUGGUGUUGUUGCUGGUAUGAUUUGUGCUACUGCUGCUCUUAUUAUGGCAAUUGCUGCUCUUAUACUUUGGAGGCGCAUUUUUAGAAAAUGCUUUCAGACAACAUAUUGUUUUUUGGAUUAUCCACCAAGAAAUGUAACAGCACAACAAGAUUGGGAAAAUAGUAAACAAGAUGGUGAAAGAACAGCAGUAUUAGUAAAAAAUUUUGUUCAACAUGUUGCUGCACUUCAUGCUGAUGGUGAUAUUGGUUUUAGUAAAGAAUUUGAAUUAUUUCCAAAAGAAACAGAAUUAUAUCUUGCUGAUAAUUCAAAAUCUGUUGAAAAUCAAACGAAAAAUCGUUAUGGAAAUAUAAUUGCUUAUGAUCAUUCUCGUGUACGACUACUGCCUUGCAAUGGUAGUCCUCCAAAUAAAGGUCAAGAUUAUAUUAAUGCCAAUUACAUUGAUGGCUGGCAACGUUCCCGAGCAUAUAUUGGUACUCAAGGACCAUUACAAUGGACAAUUGAUAGUUUUUGGCGUAUGGUAUGGGAACAACGUGUAUCAAUUAUUGUAAUGAUUACAAAUCUUGUUGAACGUGGUCGUCCAAAAUGUGAUAUGUAUUGGCCAAAAGAAGGAACAGAAACAUAUGGUAAUAUUCAAGUAGCACUAAUUAAAGAAGAUGUUAUGGCAACAUAUACAAUUAGAACAUUACAUAUACGUCAUUUAAAAAUUAAGAAAAAAAAAAAUGGUACAAAUAUUGGUGAACGUACUGUUUAUCAAUAUCAUUAUACUGGAUGGCCUGAUCAUGGUGUACCAGAUCAUCCAUUACCAGUAUUAAGUUUCAUUCGUAAAUCAUCAAAUGCAAAUCCACCAUCAGCUGGACCAAUUAUUGUACAUUGCAGUGCUGGAGUUGGUCGUACUGGAGCAUAUAUUGUUAUUGAUACAAUGUUAAAACAAGCUAAAAGUAAAGGUGAAAUAAAUAUAUAUGGAUUUUUAAAAUAUAUACGUACACAAAGAUAUUCAUUGGUACAAACUGAGGAACAAUAUAUAUUUAUUCAUGAUGCAUUACAAGAAGCAAUUGAAAGUGGUGAAACAAAUAUAUCAGAAGAUAAUUUAUUAAAAUAUAUACAAGAUAUGUUAUCACCAACAAAUAAUAAUACUGAUCCAUGGAAUAAUAUUGAUUUACAAUAUAAAUUAGUAACAUCAUGGAAACCAAAAGAUUUUAAUUUAGUAUCAGCAACAAAACCAUGUAAUAUUAAUAAAAAUCGUAAUGUUGAAAUAGUACCAAUUGAAAAUUCACGUGUACAUUUAACACCAAAAGCUGGUAUUGAUGGUAGUGAUUAUAUAAAUGCAACAUGGUUACCUGGUUUUCAAAGAAAUCGUGAAUUUAUAAUAACACAACAUCCAUUAAAUACAACAAUUAAUGAAUUUUGGCAAAUGCUUUGGGAUCAUAAUGCUAAAACAAUUGUCAUGUUAACUGAAUGUAAUAAUGAUUAUCCAGAAUUUUGGCCAAAUGAUAUUAGCACAGAAAUUAAAAAUGAUAAUUUUCGUGUUACAUUUUGUAGUAUUAAAAAAACAACAAAUGGUGUUAUAAUACGUGAAUUUAUAAUAAGAUCAUUACAAGAUGAUUAUGAAAUGUCAAUUAAAAUUGUACAGGGUGCUAUUAAUCAAAAUGGUUUAUGGCCACACAAUGAUAAUCCAAAAACAUUAGUUAAUAUUAUACAAGAUUAUCAUCGUGAAUAUCAAAAUGGACCUAUUAUUGUUAUGGAUAAAUAUGGUGGCAUUGAAGCAUCAUUAUUUAUAUUAUUAACAACGUUAAUUAAACAAAUUGAAUUUGAAAAACAUGCUGAUAUAUAUAUGUAUUCAAAAUUAUUAUACAUGAAAAGACCAGGUAUAUUAAGAUCAAAAGACGACUAUACAACAAUAUAUCGUUGUCUUGAAUCAUUUUUAACAACAAAAUUACGUGUUGAACCAGAUUUAUAUCUUAUGACAAAUGGUAAUGCUAAUUGUACAAAUGACAAUGAUAAUAAUGAUGCUGAUGCUGAUAAUUAUAUUGCAAAUGAUAAUAAUAUAACAACAACAACAAUACCAAUUAAUUAUCAAUUAAAAAUGACUAAUAAUUGUGAUUACACAAAUGAUGAUGUACCACAUGAAUAUGCAACUGAUUAUGCAAGUCCAAAUCCAAAUCAUAAUAAUCAUAUUAUUGAACGUGGAUGUGCAACAACAAUAGCAACAGCAGCACCACCACCACCACCAACAACAACAAUUGGUGGUUGUGCUGAAUUUGGUGAUCAUCAUAUUAUUGUUGAUGCUUCUGGUUUACCAAUACGUAAUGCAAAUUUUAUAAAUCAUUCUGUUGUACCAGUUGACACAAAUGGUUAUAUUACUAAUGGAAAUAUGAGAAUACCACCAGAGGGUAUGGAAGCAACAUGUGCUAUGAUGCCACAAUGAUGGAGGCAUUCAACGUCCAACGCUCAACAGUAUCAUACACUGUCUGAAACGUUGUUCGAACAACAACCACAUAAUUUAAAUAUUAAUAAUCAAACAUCUACAAUUUCACAUUCCAAUAAUCAACAGUCAACUGAUCUUGCACAUUUAGCAUAUAGUUGGCAUGGUUAUUACACUACAAUGCGUGUUACACAUAAAAAAAAUUCAAAUGUUGCUAUAUCAAGAUUUGACUUUGGUGAAUGUAUUUAAUUAUUAUUAUUUUUUAUUUAUUUUCAUUCAAUUGAUAAACAUCAAAUAGAUCAAAAUAAUAGUUAAUUAUUGUAAGGUAGAUAUUGAAAAUUUUAUAAAAUCAAAGUUUAUAAGUACGAGUGUAUAAAAAAAAAAAUAAUUGACAUUUAUAAAAUAUUUAAUAGUACUUUUGAAUGUGAAUCAUUGAAAGAAAAAUAAAAAUAAAAAAAAAAUGAUGAUGUGCAUUGAGCACUGUCCAUUCAACUAGUCCACUCUGAAGAAAAAAAUAAUAAUCAUAAUAAUAUGAAGAUUAAACAAUGAAAAUUGUUUAUAAUGUUUUAAUAAUAAUUUGUUUUACUUGUAAAUAAUUUACGGACCAUCCGAUAAAGCCUAGUUGCCAAAGAAUUAGGUAAUAAUGAAAAUUUUUUAAUAAUAAAUAUCAUUUUUAAUUAAUUUGUUUUUUUUUUUUUUUUUCAUUUGGUUAUUAAAACAAGGCUGUAAAUAGAUAUGAGCUAUGAAAAAAUAAUUAUUUCCAUUUUUAAUGUAUUUUUUUUUUCAUAUAUUAUUAUUUUAAUUAAUAAAAAAAAUUUAAUUCAGUUUUUUUAAAUACAAAAAUUGUUAUUAUACAUUUUUUUUAAAUGAAUUGCCUACUGAAAUUGAUUAUUUUUCUAAAAUUUGACUGAUUUACUAUAAAUUUUUUAAAUAUCUCAUAACUUCUUUUUUUUUUUUAAAUUAAAAUUCAAUCUUCGAAUCAUGGCCUAAUUUUUUAUAAACUUAUUAGAAUUUUAACUUUUUUAAAUACGAAAAAAAUUCAAUUGUUGAAAGUCUUCCUUAUGAUAUUCAAUUUUUUUAAAAUGAUAUUAAAAUUUUUUUUUUAGUUCAAUAAUUUGUAAAAUCAUUUUGAUCUCCUCUGUUAAUAAUAGCCGAAAAAAAAAAUACACAAGGCAUUUUUUUAAAAGACUGAAACGAUAUUAUUUCUAUUUAUAAAAUUGUCAAUAAAAAUAACAAUUGAUCAUUAAGUUACAAUUAUAAAUGAUAAAAUGAAAAAGAUAUUAUUUGUUGAGAAACUGGAUGCAAAAAAAAAAAAAAUUCAUACGUGAUAUUUAUAAAAACAAAAAAAAUAAAUAGAUAAACAACAUAGAGAAAGAAAGGUUUCCAAAUAGAAAUAAAUAAAAUAAUUGUUUUAGUAAAAUUCUAUGAGUGUCAAAUUAACGAGGCAAUGAAAAAAAGAAAAUCUAUAUAAAAUGCCUUGUAAAAUUUGAUGAUAAAAAAAAAUAAAAUUUGUUGUGCAUGAUUUAAAACUAACAACCUUGAUUGUUCCUGUUAAAUGUACUAAUUAUCGUUGAUUAAUUAGAAAAUAUAAUAUGAAAAUUAAAAAGAAAAAAUUGUAAUAAUCCAUAAAUCUUAUAAAUCAGAUGAUUGUAUGAUAUUUAAAUUAAAUAAAUAUAUUUAAGAAGAAAAUUGAUAAAAUAUUAACUCUAUGAAAAGUAUACAUCGAUCAAAUAGUAAAAAUAAAAAUACGUAUACUGAAAUAAAAAAAUUUUUGAAUUACUAACUGUAAAAUUGCACAUGAAAAAAAAAAGUUAUAUUGUUUAAUUGAAUAAUACUCAAUUAUAGAACAAUCUUAUGUGAUCACGAUUAAAAAAUAAAAUUAAUAAGCAAUUAUAAUUUGCGAUAACCAAGUGGCAUGUAGUAAAAUUAAUAAUUUUCAAUUGCUGUGUGUUUUAGAUUCAUGUUUAAAUGUGUAAGUAAUUAACAGUUAUGAUUUUAACAUAUGUAUAUAAUUAUUAAAUGAAAUGAAAACAAAAUAAAACAAGAAAAAAUAUGUGAAUAGAAAUAUUAAAAUUUAAAAAAAAUACAUUAGAUUCUAGUCAUCAUACUGUUUGUGGAAUGACAGAAAAGUUUAAACAGAUCAACUGAUAAAUAUUUCAUGAAAUAAUGAAUGAAAUAAUUUUAAAAAAUGUAAAAAUAAAUUAAAACAUACAUUUUAAUAAAUUUAUAAAAUUCAAAUUUCAAUUAUGUAUGUCAAAUGAACGUUGUCACUGUGUAAAUUCAAUUUUAUCAAACGAUUUAUUAUCAGUUAAAUUUUACUAUGAAUGUUACUAAAAAAUCAGUGGAAUUUAUUCACAGCAAUUUUGGUUAUUUUUUUUUAUUUUUUUUAUAUUAUUAUUGAAAAAUUAUACUAAACGUGCCAGAAUAAUCACAUAAAUAUUUAAUAAUUAAAUCAAAUUUGUCGUUACAACAAACUCACAAACUAUAAUAUUAAUUUUUUAUUUAUUUAUUUAUUUAUAUUUUAAUUAUUUAUACAACUAUUUGAAGCUGGCAAUGCUCAAUAUUUAAAACAAUUUAUAGUUGAUAUAUUGUUCCAAUUAAAUCACGAAUUUAGUAUUUCCUACACGAAUUUUCGUACAACAAAAAAUAUUACAGACCAAUUAAAAUAAUAAGCUAGUAUAAAAAAUUUUUUGAAAAAAUAAUAUAUAUAAGCAAUCAUCAUAAUUAUUAUUAUUUUUUUUUUUAAAUCACACAACUACAUAUACUAAUUACGUGCCAUUUAUUGUGGCUCUCCUGACAAUUGAAUACUAUUCACAACAAAAAAACUUUUGUCAGAAAAAAAAUAUAAAAAAACAAAAAUCCAAAACAUACAUUAUUAAAUUUAAUAUCAUUUUCUAUAUAGGCAUAUCAGUCAUCGAUUUUAUUAUUUAAUCAUGUUGAAGAAAAAAA